AUGAUUAAUCCAUAAAUCACAGUUUUUAAUGUGUUCUUUAGGAAGUUAGAUUUUCUAUAGAACUUUGCAUUUUAUAGAAAGUUAAGUCCAGAGAAAAGACAAAGAUUAGUUACAAUAUGGAGAAGAGUGUUUCUGGCAUCUUAUUUUAUUGGAAUAAUGAGAUCAUUUUAGAAUAGGGUGAAGAUUUAUGGAGCGAUAAGACAAGAUGAACAUAUGGAUUUGAUAGAGGAUGAAGUUUUUAAAUCGAAUUAAGAAGAAAAGAAAGUCUUUAUGUUUUAUCCUGAUGAAUAAUUUAAAACAGUUUGGAAUAUGUUAUUGAUAUUUUUAUUGUUAGCAACUGCAGUCAUUACACCCUUUAAAGUUUGUUUUGUAUUAAUUUAAUAUAUUAUAAUUAGAUUGAUUCUGGAACAGAUGGAUUUUGGUUUUGGGUAGAUAUUAUAUUUGAUGUUUUGUUUUUUGCAGACAUUAUAAUAAACUUUUUUAGUGCUUAUUAUGAUGAAGAAUAAAAGAUUAUUGAUGAUUAUAGAAUGAUAGCCAAAUAAUAUUUAUAUGGAUGGUUUACAAUAGAUUUAAUUGCUGUCUUACCAAUUACUUAUUUUUUAGAUGAUAAUACAAAUGCUACUGCACUUAGAUAUAAUAAAUUAUUAAGAUUGAUUAGAUUACCACGUUUAUAUAGAUUGGUUCGUUUAUUAAAGAUAUCAAAAGCUAAUUUAAAUAUCAAAAAUAAAACUUAGGCUGCAAGAAUUCUCUCUUAUUUAGGAAUUAAUGAAGGUAUUAUUAAAGGAUUAAUUCUUUUGGGUAAAAUCUUAUUGAUUAAUCAUCUUGUUGCUUGUUUUUGGUAUUUCAUUGCUAAAUUUAAUGAAUUUGAUACAAAUACUUGGGUUACUUAAGCAAACCUUUAGGAUACUACUCUCUAUAAUUAAUAUAUUGCUGCAUUUGAAUGGAGUUUAUAAACUCUUACUACUGUAGGUUAUGGUGAUAUUAAAGCUACAACUAUUGAAGAAAGAAUAUUUGCUAUCAUUUGGAUGAUUUUUGGAACCGGAUUCUUUUCAUAUACUUUGGGAAAAUUAUCCUCUAUUUUAGAGAAUGUUGAUAAAAAAUGGGUAGAUUUUGAGAGAAGAAUGCAUUUAUUUAAUGAUUUCUCAGUUAGAGUUAAAUUACCUUAUGCUUUAAAAUGCAAAGUACAUAAAUAUUAUAGAAAUAAUUAUCUCAAAAAUGUAUAUUCAUCGCUUGAUCCUAAAAAAUUGAUUUAAGAACUUCCAUCAUAAAUUCGUAAUGAAUUAUUAAUGAUUUGUUAUAAAUAUUUGAUUGAUAGUGUCUCAUUACUUAAAAUUGAUAAGAACUUUACAGCUACAAUUUUACCUCAUCUCAAUUUCUUAGAAGUUCAUCCAGGAGAAAUCAUUUAUAGAUAGGAUGAUCCUCCUACAGAUAUAUAUUUCAUUGAAAAGGGAAAAGUCAAUUUUGUUACACAUGAUAAAUAUACUUUAAUCACACUUUUAGAAGCAUCCUUUUUUGGAGAAAUUGAAGCAUUCGAAGAUAUUAAUAGAGAGUAUUUUGCUAUUGCCAAAGAACCUACUAAUUUGUAUAUUUCCAUAAUAAUAUCUAGAUUCUUUUGUUCAUAUGAUAUCUUUAGAAAUUUACUUAAAGAAUUUCCAACUGUUGCUUCUGAAGUUAAAAUUAUUUAUGAUAAAAGAAAAUCAAAAUAUAAAACAUGUCUCUACAUGAUAGAAUUAUAAAGAAAACGUAAUUCUGGAUCAGAUCCUAAAGAAGUACAAUAUUACAUUUAAUUAGGAAUUGUAAAAUAGUACUCAAUAUUAUUUGGGAUUAAUUGCUCAAUACGAAGAAGAGUAAAAUAGAAUGAACUCCAAUAAAGGGCUUCUUAACACUAAAAAGAAAAGCGUACUCGAUUAAUUUUCUUUUAAAAAGAAACAAUAAAAAAUGUCUGUGUUUCAAACACUUAAAUGA